AUGUCGACUCGACGAGUUCUGUCCCCCUCGUUCUGCGUGGAAUUUCUAACAAGAUCUUCUACUACUGCUUCUGACCCUGGUGAACUAAUGGAUGCACCUAUACCCGGACUGGAGUUGAGGGAGUCUUACACAAUAGAUACAGUAGAUAAAAUAGAUACAGUGUCGGGUAUCACCUCUUUCUUCAAUCGAUUAAGGCCAGGCCACAGAUCAGUAAACCAUCAAACUGAUAUCCCAACCCAUCACUCUUCUCCAACCCAAGCUUCGUUUCAUAAUGAUUCCCAUCACUCUCCAUCACAAGUCCUAUCUUCAGAUGUCACUAUCACUAAUUGCGAACCAGCUACAACUCUGUCCGCGCAAGCAGAAGAAUCAUUGAAUGAUAAUUAUCCACUCGAAGCAAAAAAUGAUGCUCAGUGUUCUCCAAAUUCUAACGUCGCUACCGCUAACGACAUGCCAGUGACAGCUAAGCCAUUCCCAUCGGUUCACUUUCCCCGGCGAAACUCAGUCAGACUUUCUACGCUACGACCAAUGGGACAAUUUGGUCAAUGUGAUGAAUGCAAAAGCACAAGAACAGGAUACAAUUGGUGUCAAUAUUGCAACAACGAACAGUUUCAAAAGAAUUUUGCAAAUUGGACGAGUGGCUCCGAAGAAAUCGAUGAUUUUAUUCAAGAAGCUCAACUUAAGGCAACCAAUGCCAGAUCUAUCCUGGAAUGGAUAGACUAUGAAGAGUUUACAAAUGUGAAGCAUCUUGCAAAUGGCGGUAACAGCUCAGUAUUUACAGCAUAUUGGCCUCGAGGACCUAUUCGGACAUGGGACGCAGAUGACGAUGAAUGGGGGCGAGGCUGGGAUCAAGCAAAUUCGAACUUGGGUGCAUACCACAAAUUCAGCACGUUGGUUUCGCACGUCGUACAUUGUUAUGGCAUCUCACGCUGUCCAUCCACUAACGAGUUUAUAGUCGUCACCUCAUAUGCUGAGGAUGGCGAUCUCCGGCAAUAUAUGUCCAAGAACUUUGAUAAUUUUACUCUACAGAAAAAAAUUAUCACUCUCAGAGACAUUGCAAGCGGCUUGAUCAAUACUAUCUUCCUUUCGCUACAAACUUUGAAGAAAGACUUGCACACUGGGAACAUUCUGCGAUCUGGUACCUGGACAAUGAUAAGUGAUCUCGGUCUUUGCUGGAAUAAUACUUCCGUGACUGGAAAUGAAACGCCAGUUCAUGGUGUGCUUCCUUAUGUAGCACCAGAAGUGUUACGUAAAGCGCCAUACACUCGAGCAGCCGACGUUUAUAGCGUUGGAAUGAUUAUGUAUGAACUAUGGUCAGGCAGGCCACCCUUCGAAGGAAAAGAUUACGAUGUACAUCUAGCAAUGGAUAUAUGUUCAGGAAUGCGUCCCGACCUUCCCUCUGACAUACCCGACUACUAUUCCCUUAUUAUGCAAGCAUGCUGGGCAGACAACCCUGAAAUAAGACCUACAUCGCGUGAAUUAGAAAGGACAUUUGAUAAUUGGAUUGAAAAGAUUGCAAAUGGGGAGCUGAUUUGUCCCAAAACUUUUGCCAACAAGAGAUCAGUAAAUUUGACAACGCAAAAUAAUGAAUCUAGUCUAUAUAGUAUACCUGAACGUAGCAUGAGUCAACCAAUUCCUCCAUUAUCCGCUGAUCAGCAUGAGAUUCUAAAUGAACUGGAUGAACGUCGAGAAGCUGUAUAUCACCGCUGUCUUAAUGUUCGGCUCCUCGAAAUGGCUGAAGAAAGGACCAAAAAUCAAGAACAAGUCAAUCCGAUGACUUGGACACGGGAACUCAAAACGCUUGCUGAUGAAAUCUUUGGCAGUUCAGUAAACGUAUUACCAAUUGCGUUCAAUAUCGUAACAACUGGGCCCGAGUCCACAAUGACCGCAGACAUUGAUAGGAGACAGAAUAUCAACAGUAAGUGA